UGCACCAACCAGCACCAGUCACUGUCAGUUGGUUCGUUCGUUCAGUUUCGUUCCCGGUGUGUUACUUAUUCUUACGCUUGCAACUACAAGAUGUGCAGCAAAGUGCUUAUCCUGGCCACUGUUGUGGUGUGCAGUGUUAUGGCCGCUCCCCAGAAGCGUCUCGGUGGGCCGGUGCUUGGUACGGCCGAGUCGCAGGCCGUCAUCCUGGCACAGGAACACAACCAUGACCCGAGCGGUGCGUACAACUAUCGCUACGAAACGAGCAAUGGUAUUGCGGCACAGCAGACUAGCUACGACGGUGCGAAUGCGGCCGGCGAGUACUCGUACACCGGACCGGACGGUGUGCUGUACCGUGUGGCUUACAAUGCCGAUACGUACGGAUUCCAACCGCAAGGUGCCCAUCUGCCGGUGGAACCACCGGUACCGGACCAUGUGCUGAAAUCGCUCGAGGAGAUCCGUGCCAAUCCGCCGCGUGAUCAGGAAUUUAAUCUGGCUGCGCUCGAUGCUCAGAUCGCACGGCUACGGGCAACACUUGGUUAAGCGA